AGCUCCUAAUGGAAGUGUCUGUUUAGUGACAAUCCAGCUUUUCCAUGUCAUUUUUGCGGUGGGUGUCUGAAAAGCUGAGUGUCGAGAGCCUGCAGGACGUGGGACUGUUUGGUGAGCGGCCUCGAGCGGACUAUCACAGGAAGACAGAUGAACACUCAUCGGAAAAUAUUGUACUUCCCCAGAACUGGGACACCAUGAGCACCUUCCCAGCAGACAGUAGUUCUUAUGAGCUGCUGACUGCAAUAGGUAAAGGGUUUAAUGACAUUAUGACUGUAACCUUGGGGAGGUAUAAACGAACUGGCCAACAGGUGGCUGUUCGGAGAAUUAACUUGGACAACUGCACCAAUGAGAUGCUUGCUUUAUUACAGGGUGAGCUCCACAUAUCAAAGUUGUUUCAUCACCCCAAUAUAUUGCCAUAUAAAGCCACAUUGAUAGCCAACAAUGAAGUGUGGAUAGUAACACCAUUCAUGGCCUAUGGUUCUGCUAAAGAUCUGAUGAACACACAUUUUACGGAUGGUCUGAAUGAGCCCACGAUUGCUUACAUUCUGCAAGGGGUGCUAAAAGCUUUGGUUUAUAUUCAUAGAAUGGGAUAUGUGCACAGGAGUGUUCAAGCAAGUCACAUUCUAAUAUCAUCAGAGGGGCAGGUUUAUUUGUCAGGACUCCGCAGUAUUUUCAGUAUGAUCAGCCAUGGGCAGCGGCUGCGCGUGAUCCAUGACUUCCCAAAGUACAGUGUUAAAAUAUUACCAUGGCUGAGCCCUGAGUUGCUACAACAGAAUCUGCAGGGUUACGAUGCCAAAUCUGAUAUUUACAGUUUGGGGAUCACUGCGUGUGAGCUGGCUAAUGGACAUGUUCCCUUCAAAGAUAUGCCUGCAACUCAGAUGCUGCUGGAGAAGCUGAAUGGUACAGUGCCCUGCCUACUGGACACUACAACAAUCCCCGAGGAAGAGCUCAUGAUGACUAACUCUCAAUCAGCAGUGGACUCGGGCAUCGUUGAGAGCUCUGCCACUUGUGGCAUACGAACAACGAACGGUGAACAAGUGCAGCAUCCAUACAACAGGACUUUCUCCAGGCUCUUCCACAAUUUUGUGGAGUUGUGCUUACAACGGGAGCCUGAGCAGAGACCCUCUGCCAGUGCAUUACUAAAUCAUUCAUUUGUCAAGCAGCUGAAGCUCCGCGUGGUGGAGGUGCUUCCUGAUCUACUCCGACCAGUCACUCCUAUGGCAGACCUGGAAGGCGCUCACUCACACGAGUUGCAAGGGAUGACAGGGCUCGUGUCCAGCCUGGAACAACUGGAGGUGGAAGACUGGGACUUCUGAAAGUGGACCCAUUGCUGAAACUGGGUCUGGUGAUGCCAAUGGUCUUUAUUUGUAUUUUUUAUGUAAAAUGGCAGUUUCGCUGAUUUACAGGCAUUAGCUGGAAUCCAGCGAUGUGUAGCACUGAUGAAAGAUGAAUAAUAACAACAGUGUACAUCAAACCAGCUCAGGUGGAUAAGGGACCACCACCUGCAUUGAGUUACUUGAAUACUUGAGAUUUCAGAUCAAAUCAUUGCCGCUCUGUUACUGUACCAGCUGCAUCUUUCCUCUGGUUUCCAUGAAUUUAGAGACAGUUCUCAAACCCAGAAAUAUUCCCACUUGAAAACCUACAUUGUUGUGGAAUCCAUUGCCAAUAGAAAUACUGUCCUUCAUCUCUCCUAUCACUCUGAGAGCGUGAAAAGUUUGCCAUUUUGUUACCUUACAUGAAAUCCCUUUGUACCUGAAUUGUUAUUUAUUCAGAGGAAUCAAUAUUAAAGUCUCAUUUGGUUACUUCUGUGUGC